AAGAAGUGCAGUCCUCUUCGCAAUCAUGUGUCAUCUCAGAUCUGUCAGCUCAUUUUUAUCAGCCUCAGCGUUUUGUCUUCAAGUGUGCUGGUUACACACUCAUUUUACCUUCUUUCUUUUGAUACCCCGUUCUUGCAUACAGCUAUAAUGCACGCCUCCACGGUCCUUUUCGCCCCUCUGGCUCUUCUGGCCGGCCUGGUUGCCGCCCGCCCCGCGGAUUCUGACCUCCCUGCCACUGGCCUUCGCUGCUGCAAUGGCGGCACAACUGAUGAUUCCGGGUUCUGCCUAGGCCUCGGCCUAAACUCUUUCUGCUGCAGCGGCUUUGAUGCUGGCCGGAAGGGCGGAUGUGACUCUAUACCCGAGUUCCCAACAGGACGUGACAUUCGAAACUUCGUCCCCAGCAACACCGGUUGCGAAGUUCCAGGCAUCAAGGUGUCUGGCACCUUACCUGGCUUUAUUGGAUGUGCCUAAGAGCAUGCGCCUAGGUUACGUUGAAUGUGUUACUGUUGGUCUCACCAGGUUAUUAGUGAUACGGUUAACCGUACGUAUC